AUGUACCGCCGGGAAAGGCUGGAAAAGGAACGAUUGGUGAAGGAGUUAGAAUGUGUUAUGCAAACUAUGAAUAGAUCUCUUCAGUUGCCACCUUCACUGUACAUUGGUGCUUCACAGCUCUCGGCGCAUCCUCUUGGGUCCAUACUUGGCCAUGGAUCUUAUGGCGAAUGCACGUUAGAGACUUUCCGAGGCAUGACGGUAACCGUGAAACGUUUUAAGCACGAUGGUCUGGACAAUCGCCGCGUACGACAUGAAGUGCUGAAGGAGGCAACCGCACUGCUACACCUUAAGGCCUCGAAUCAUUUGCCCUAUUUGAUUGGAGCUUCAUUUGAUGAAAUUCCAUAUAAACUCAUUACGUCUUUCCAUGGCAUAGAUUUCAUAUCUACCACGAUUUGUUCGGUGUUAUCUGGGAAGACACCGCAAAUUUCAGAAAUUGACUGGAAAACAGUGGUAGAGCAAGUGUGUAAGGGACUAAAUGAAAUUCACUGUUGUGGAUUUAUUCACAACGAUUUGAAAUAUGACAAUGUAAUCAUUGAGGAAACAGCUGGUAGUAUUAACAUAGUGAUCAUCGACUUUGGCAAAAGCUGCCGCAAAGGCAAGGCACAGAAGAAGACCAUGUCAAUAGCAGAUCAGGCCCUGUACAAAGAACGAUAUCCGUGGGUUGCCCCUGAAGUAGUUGCAGGAACAGCCACUCCGUCCACUGCAAGUGAUGUUUAUUCUGUUGGAUAUCUUGUCCGCAAGAUCCUAUCAGCCCAUAAACAAAGGGGACUAACUCUGGCAAAUGCGGUAGAAUUAAAAACUAUCAUCCAAAAAUGUACCGAAGUGGAUGUAGCCGAUCGGCCCUCGGUACCUAGGAUAUUAGAUUUGAUUGACCGUGUUGUAUAA